ACACGGCACAAGACGACUGGCAGCUCAGUCCUUCUUCAGCCUGGACACACACUCACACACACCGCCAUUCAGAACCACGUCAGGUGGAUGCUACAAGAAAAUCUGCUUCGGAGCGUGUUUUUAUUAUUUGGAGCUCCACUGUGGGAAGGUCAUGGGGGUCUUAACCAACUAGGUGGAAUGUUUGUUAAUGGCCGUCCGCUUCCGGAGGUGAUCCGGCAACGCAUCGUAGACAUGGCUCACCAGGGCGUGCGGCCCUGUGACAUCUCCCGGCAGCUCCGGGUCAGCCACGGCUGCGUCAGCAAGAUCCUGGGACGAUACUAUGAGACAGGCAGCAUCAAGCCUGGCGUUAUCGGUGGCUCCAAGCCUAAAGUGGCCACCCCGAAGGUUGUGGAGAAGAUCGCAGAGUACAAGAGGCAGAAUCCCACCAUGUUUGCGUGGGAAAUCAGAGACCGGCUGCUGGCAGAAGCGGUGUGUGACAGCGACACGGUGCCCAGCGUGAGCUCCAUCAACAGAAUAAUUCGAACAAAAGUCCAACAGCCGUUUAACCUCCCCCUGGAUGGAAAAGGUCUGAGUCCGGGACAAACGUUGCUCCCCAGCUCCAACGUCACCCCUCCAGAGUCGCCGCAGUCAGACUCUUUGGGCUCCACGUACUCCAUCAACGGCCUGUUAGGCAUCCCCCAACCAAACACGGACGGCAAGAGGAGCCACGAUGACAGCGAUCAGGAGAGUUGUCGGCACAGCGUGGACUCUCAAGGCAGCGGGGGAGUCCCCAGGAAACAAAUGAGGGUGGAUCAUUUCUCUGUGGCCACGCAACAUCUGGAAUGUGGCUUUGAUCGUCACCACUAUCCACCAGAGUCCUUCAGCUCCACCUCAAGCAGCAAAACAGAACAGACUUUGUACCCGCUGUCCCUCAUCAACGGGAGCCUAGACGAGGCCAAGAGCAGCCUCUCAACGUCCGGCUCCGUCAUUGGACGAAAUCUGUCGGCGCACCAGAGCUUCUCCGUGGUCACUGAGCCCCUACAGACCAUCCCGCUCUGUCUGAAACAGGAAAUGCCCCCAGAGGUAACCAGCACAAGCCCCUCACAAAGCAUGGCGGCCAUCGUGGAGCUGCAGAAACCCGUUUCUGUCAGCGGCUGCAACAGCAGCACCAAUAAUCAUCAUUUCCCCAACUCCUUCAACUCAUUUUCCCAUCAUGCACCAGUGUACGGCCAGUUCAGCAGUCAGUCUAUCAUCUCAGGGCGUGACAUGGUGAGCUCCACCCUGCCAGGGUACCCACCCCACAUCCCCUCCCCAGCCCAGACAGGAUACUCCGCCUCUGCCAUCACAGGCAUGGUGGCAGGCGCAGACUACUCGGGUCAGUCCUACAGCCAUUCGCCCUACACCUCCUACAGCGAGGCCUGGAGGUUCACCAACCCCAGCAUACUAGGUUCACCUUACUACUACAGCUCAGCCUCCCGCACAGGCCCCCCCUCUGCCGCCGCCUACGACCACCUCUAACUCCAGC